AUGAUAGUAAAGAAGGAUGACCGGGUUCAGGCCUUCGCGAUGCAAAUUGUCAAAAUUCUUAAGUUCCUUAAUGUGGAACUUGGUGAAGGUGAACCGUUCCCAUCCUCUAACAUUCUUAACUCCGAGCUAAUGAGCAAGAAGACUGUCAAAGUGGCUAAGCCGAAAUCCUCCAGAACGAAGUCCUCAAAAGGAACAGGCUCAUCCGCACCGGCUGAAGAAAAUUCGAAACAAGAAGAUCCCAAGGGGAAGGCGGUUCAAGACGAGGCCUCCCAUAAGAAAAAGGGAAGGAAGAAGUCAUCAGCAAAGAAGAGCUCCAACAAGCCGGCUGAUUCCGAGAAAACUCUUUCCUCGGAUCAUUCGCCAAAAAGAACCGGAGACGUCUUUCAGCCCAUUCCCAUCAACACAGUUCAUCCCAUUCCAGUCGACUCUCCACCAUCCAGGCAAGCCGAACCCUCGGGGAGACAAGAAACCGAGUCAACAUCGAAGGAGGAAGCAGAGGUUAGUAAUCACUCUGAAAACUCCAAGUCUCCUAACAAGAACCUCGACGAGAUAAUGGCCGACGUAGGUUUAAAGACCUCAGAGGUCAUUGUGGACAUAGUGAAAAGGCAGCUCUACAUGAACCCCCACCGGCUCAACCCUCGCACUCUAUGA